AUGCGUAAACUACGAUGUGGUCUCCCAGAUAUUCCACAUCAUGAGCACAAUACAGGUAUACAUAAAUGGAUGAAAAUAAAUCUUACGUGGAACUUUCAUUUGGCAAAUGCAAAUGUCUUAAAAACUACAGCAUUCGCAUUCUCGUUAUGGGCAGCAAAUUCAUCCUUAACAUUCGAGCGUAAAAUAUUAUACCCUGACAUUUUAAUAUCUUACCGUAGUGGUACUCACACAUAUGUUGAUCACAAACGUAACGCAGAAAUUUGCCCCUCUUCAUUCGGCGGUCGUGGUGGAGUACUCGCUCACGCGUUUUAUCCUUCACGUAAUCCUAAUUAUACCGAAAUACAUGUUGACAAUGCAGAAGCGUUUGCGUUUGCUAAAAAUACUAAUACAACUGUUAAACUCAACUUAGAAGAUAUUUUAGCGAUUCAGCAUCUAUAUGGAAGUAACAAACCAGGAAUAACAACAACUACUACUACUACUACUAUAAAACCACCAACAACGACUACUAAAAUUCCAACAAAUAAGCCUGAUAAAAUAGAUCUCUGUGAAUUACAAUAUGUGGAUACUAUAUUAAUAUUAAAUCAUCGAAUAUUCGUCACGUAUCAAGGCUAUAUAUGGUCGAUAAAUAUAAAUGAUAACAAAUAUGGCGGACCAUUUGAGCUAAAUACUUACAUGAAUUUCCUCCCAAAAAAUUUCUCUUUGUCAGCCGCGUACCAAAGACCCUCGGGUGAAAUAGUACUAUUUAUAAAUUAUAUGGUUUAUAUGGUCAUUUAUCCCAGUUUCAAAUUAAAAGAAGGCUGGCCGAAACAUCUAAAAAAUUCGGGAAUUCCCCCAAACGUUGUAAUUAAUAUCGCGAUAAAUACUCACAAAGGACGAACAACCUACGUAAUCUUCGAUGAUAACGAUGUGGCGCAAAUAGACGAAUGUACUCUGACUGUUAAUGUAUAUCAAACGUCACAAUCAAUAUUUCCAGGAAUACCACCAUCUCCAACCAUAGCUUUCCGAUAUAUGGAUGGUAAUAUUUAUUUUGCUAAGAAACAACAAUUUUACCAAUACAACGAAUUCAAGAGAAUCGUGACAAAAGCGGAUAAAUUUAGUAUAAAAAAAAUACUUAACACUGAAUGUUCAAGAGAUGGAUUAUUGCAACAGUUGCAAGAUAUCUUGAAUCAAUUCAUUCAGUACAGUUAA